AUGAAGCGUAAGUACUCCCUAAUAUUGAGAGUCUCAACUAACUUCUCAAGGCUUGUACGGGCCAAAAUCAUUCCUACCGUUAUCGACGACUUCACACCCAUCCUUGAGUUGAUAGUCAGUUGGAAGCACAUCCGUGCAAACCUUGGAAACAUGGUCCAUCCUCCACAUCUUCAAAAUGCGCCAUCAGUUCAUCUUGACCAUGCCGGAGCCAAAGUCGCUUCCGACAUCAUGGCGGACUCUAGCAUGACCUACGUCAUCGUCAUGACCGACCCAGAUGCUCCAUCGCGACAGGAUCCCAAGUGGUCCGAGUUCUGUCACUGGAUCAGGGCCUCAUACCCGGCUUUGGAUUCAGUCACUGGGCGCCGGAGAAGAGAUCUGGUGGAAUACAAACCACCAGCACCCCCUGCAGGAACCGGACCGCAUCGCUACGUAUUUCUGGCCUUUGUCCCGGCCAACGGAACAAGGAAAAGACUGCAUCUUACCACGCCCAGCGCUAGAGUUCGCUGGGGUUCGGACACCGAGAGAACUGGUGUCCGUGAUUGGGCAAAUUUGAACGGACUUGUUCCCUUUGGUGAGUAG